GUGAACAAUCUGUCUUUGUUUUUUUACAAAAAGUGUGAUUUCAUUCAUACUAACAUAUCUUUUUCUUUCAAAAUUAAAAAAAAAAUUAAAGGUCAAAGUAGACUCAAGCGUUUCACUUUGAUUGUGUUUGAAAUCAUCAUGUACGUGUUUGUUAAAUUUUUCAUCAACAACUGAAGUGUAUAAAGCUUACGCAAACUGACAAUAACUGGUAUUUUUGAACGUUGAACCCAUAGUGAAAAGUAUUCGUGCAAAUUCGGAUUAUAGCAAAGCAAGUAUGACAUCGAGUCUAAGAGGAGAUAUCAAUCAAAUUUAUGAGAGGAAUCAAGAAGCUACUGUUUAUGUAGGAAAUUUAGAUUCCCGUACAGAUGAAGAGUUAUUAUGGGAAAUUUUCACCCAAGGUGGCCCUGUUAAAAAUGUUCACAUUCCUCGUGAUAAAAUCACUGGAAUGCAUUCAAAUUAUGGCUUUGUCGAGUUUCAAUUAGAAUCCGAUGCAGAUUAUGCUCUUAAAAUUUUUAAUAUGGUUAAAGUGUACUCAAAGCCUUUACGAUGUAAUAAAGCUGCACAGGAUAAACGAACUUUAGAAGUUGGAGCGAAUUUGUUCGUCGGAAAUUUAGACCCUGAUGUGGAUGAGCCACUUUUAUAUGAUACAAUGUCUGCUUUCGGAAAUGUUUUAUCAACAAAGGUUAUGCGGGAUACCGAGACAGGCGAACAUCGAGGCUUCGGUUUCGUUGCUUUUGACGCAUUCGAGUCAUCUGACGCGGCACUAGCAGCAAUGAACGGUCAAUUUUUAUGCGACCGACCAAUACAUGUAUCGUACGCUUACAAGAAAGACACAAAGGGUGAACGGCACGGUAGUGCUGCUGAGCGUUUAAUUGCGGGAAGUCGGCAAACACUUGUAAAAGAUCAACAACAACAACAGGUUAUGGCAACUGUUAUGUCAAGCAUGAUGAAUUCUAUGAUGGCGCCUCAAGCUGUGACGGGAUAUCAACGCAGCACCAAUAUGGCACUACCACCAAGUUUUGACACUAACGUGAUACCCAUGCAACCUAAUGUCAUGUCAGGGAUGAUGGCAAGACGCGCAUAUGAAAUGCCGCCUAACCAAUACUCAAUGCUUCAACAAAUGAACUUACAUCAGCCAGCAUCUUUAGAUUUAAACAAUGCGCUUUUAAUGAAUCCUUCAACACCUUCUUGUCAAAUGAUGUAUCCACCCAGUCAGCUUCCCCCUGUUAUGAAUUCGCCUGACUUGCCUGCCGGAAUGCCAUUACCUCCUCCUUUUCGACAUCCACGUCCUAUGUAUCCUCCAGUUUAUAUGAACCCCACCGUUCCUCCAUCUCCACAUAUUUAAUUCGUAUGAGCGUCGCGUUAAAGGUUUGAAAGGUGUAAAAAGAAAAUGUUAAAACGUUGUUUUUUUUUUUUUUAAAUCAAUUUUUUUAAAAAAAAAAAUAAUCUACUUACAACCUUAUUGUUUUAAAGUAAAAAUGUUGCUUUCAUUUUAAUGUGAAAUAAAAU